AUGUUUGCAGUUGGUGAGUUAAGGAAUGAGAUGAUUAGAGCCCCCUCAGUUGGUGUUCAUCCCAAAAUUGCAAGGAGCAGGAGAUGGAACCCAUUCUUCAAGGAUUGCAUCGCUGCCAUUGAUGGAACACAUGUGCUAGCAAGAGUUCCAUCAAGUGAGAGGGCAGCUUUCAUGGGGAGGAAGCACACUACCACACAGAAUGUACUUGCAUGUGUCAACUGGGAUCUUAGAUUCACCUAUGUAUUGGCUGGCUGGGAAGGUUCUGCUCAUGAUGCUCGUAUCCUUGCUGAUGCUUUGGCAAGAGAGGAUGGACUUAGGAUCCCGCAAGGAAAAUUCUGUCUUGUGGAUGCUGGGUAUGCAGUGAGACCUGGUUUCCUACCACCAUAUCGAGGAGUCAGGUAUCACCUUAGGGAGUAUGGUGUUCGAAGGCCAGAGAAUCCUAGAGAGCUCUUCAACCUUAGGCAUUCUUCCCUUAGGGUCACUGUUGAGAGAGGGUUUGGUUCUUUGAAGGGUAGGUUCAGGAUCUUGGACAACAAGCCUCAUCAUCCUUACAAGACUCAAGUGAAGCUUGUACUUGCUUGUUGUAUCCUGCACAACUGGAUCAUCACCUUUGGGCAUGAUGACAUGAUUCCUAAUCCAGAGGACUGA